AUGGAACCAGUGUAUGGGGAAUUCCGAUGUGGAAAAACUCAAUUGUGUCAUACACUCUGCGUCACAGCUCAGCUCCCAGCAGAAAUGGGUGGAGGAGGAGGCAAAGCUGCUUACAUCGAUACCGAAGGUACCUUUCGGCCUGAGCGAAUCCGGACGAUUGCUGAUAGAUUCGGGAUGGACCCAGAAGCGGUUUUAGAUAACAUCAUCGUCGGGAGAGCUGCCAAUAGUGAACAUCAAAUGGAGCUGAUUGUUCACCUCGCGGCUAAAUUCGCAGAGGAUGGCACAUUCAGGCUGCUAAUUGUUGACUCCAUCAUGGCGUUGUUUCGAGUGGAUUUUUCGGGAAGAGGAGAGCUCUCAGAGCGACAACAAAAAUUGAAUCAAAUGCUUGCCAGAUUGACUCGUAUUUCAGAAGAAUUCAAUUUAUGUAUCUUCUUGACCAAUCAAGUUCAAGCCGAUCCAGGAGCCGCCAGCAUGUUUGCUGGUGCCGACAAAAAACCUGUUGGAGGGCAUGUGCUGGCACAUGCGGCCUCGACUAGGAUCUCGUUACGCAAGGGCCGAGGAGAUGAAAGAGUAGCAAAGCUUUGCGAUAGCCCUGAUAUGCCCGAGGGAGAAGCUAGCUAUAAAAUAGCAACUGGCGGGAUUGAAGACUGUUAAGCCGGAGCGGCAAGAUGUGGUGUCUAUGCUGUAUACAGACAUGAUUACCUGCGCAAAUAUGAACCUAUCUUGUCCUGCAAUAUCUGUGAACUUUGCACGCGGGCAACUUAUAGCAAUUAAAC